UGGGAACAAAUGGACCAGUGUUUUAAAGAGAGAGGGACCCAUGCGCCUGUUGUAACCUCAAACAGAGGGAUAGCAAUAGGAUAGCCCAUGGUAGCAAGAACUAGAAGGGAAACAGGGAGAGAUAGAGUGGGAAAGGAUUAGAGAGAGAGAGAGUUUUCCGGGAUCCACUGUCGUUUCUGGUCUGGACUUGGAUCAGCUGGUUACCAUGCAAAGUAAGAGUGUUUGUUUCAUGGCAUGCGCUUUUUCGAGGAGUGAUAGUAGAAGGGUACUUUUUGAUGGCUUCUUCAUUGAUUCAGCAGAUCAAACCCAUGAUAACUCAAUCAGCCAAAAGGUGUUGGCUGUGGUCUUCGUAAUAUUCGAUGCUAUCCCACUGGGCACACACUGGUUGAAUUAACGUUGUUUCCACGUAAUUUCAAUUUAAUUACAUUUAACCAACUGAAUUUACGUAUGUGCCCAGUGAGAUGGCUUUACUAGUUGGAUUUCAGCUGUGUGUGUUCUUUUGUAAUGCUGCACAUCUGGCACCCACACGUGGAAAAUGGCAACGUAUGUUGCCAGUUUUCAAUAAUCAUGGGAGGAACAAAAUAACCAUUGGCGUUUACUGUAAGUUAUGGGUUAUGAAAGAAAUGAUGAUGAUGAUGAUGAUGAUGAGGAGGAGGAGGAGGAGGAGGGGGAGGAGGAGGAGGAGGAGGAGGAGGACAAAAACGAAUGAAUGGCUGUAAUUUAUAGGCAGCAUAGUGUAUUUACUUACAUCUGAUACUACUGAAAUAAUUGUGUCCCUACAUUUAUACAUCAAUAAUGAGUCCACAACACCUUAGUCAACUUAAAUCCACUCUUCGAAAUGUGCCUUUUGGUGAUGGUUUUUCAGUUAGCCCAUGUUACAUCGGCGAUGCAUUUAUGCUUUUCAUUCAGCCAGAUUAUUGUAUUAGGCCUACAUCUUUUUAAUUGAAUAGAUAACAAUUGAAGAGUUUAUUUCCAAAAAGCUAUAUCCACCAGUUUAUUAAAUGUGUGUUUUUUCAUCAGAAAUGAUUGCUUAUGGGUACCUUCAUCUUCAUAUAUGUGUAAAAUAUUACUGUUCUGCGAUGUGUAAUUCAUAGAUUUUAGAUGUGUAUGCAAAUGUGUUUUUUGCAAAACGCUAUAUAUCCAUUAUUUAGCUGGAAUGGAAUGUUCUUAUCCUGCAUAUUUGACUGUGAUAUGUGGUUGUCUCACCUAGCUAUCUUAAGAUGAAUGUACUUUAAGUGCUCUGGAUAAGAGCAUCUGCUAAAUGACUAAAAUGUAAAAGUUUAACAUAUAGAUCACAUAUUACUGUAUUGAAUAAAAACAUAUAUUCCAUAUUGAUGUCACAAAUGUAUCAUUUGUACAUUUCUUUAUUAAAAAUGUAGUUAUUAAAUCUAGCUCUACUACUUAUUUAUCUCAGCGUGAGGCGGAUAUAUAGCAUUUUGCAAAAAUAAUUUGUCUCUCUGAAAUUGUUAAACCAUCAAGUGAUAGAUUUUAAACAAAAACAUGUCUGUCAUUGAACAACCCCCGUGCCAUGAUUAUAUAGUGGAAAAAAAACUAAUCAAUCUCUUUCAUCAUUUAUUUAAAUAAUAAAAGCUAAUUUACUAACAUUUCUGAAAAUGGAUAUAUAACGUUUUGGAAUGAAACUCUUCAAUUCUCAACUAUGUGACAAUAUAUAGGCUAUCGAUAAAAAUAAAAUUAUACAAUAUUAUAGAUACUAGAUCAGUGACAAAAUUGUCUCAUAUUUGCCCUGAAAUAGACUGCAUUGUGGUUUUCCCAUUCGUUUCUAUUUACUCAUCCCUUUCGAUGCAAAUGUAUACAUGUGAAGUUUCAGUAGUGUCAACUAUAAAACAAAAUAUGUAAAUGUUAUUAGAUGUUAUCCCAAGUAAGUAUAUUCUAAAUAGGCCUAGCUAUUUUUGAGUCGUAAAACAAUUUGACCACUGUAUAAUUUUUCUCGGUGCCACAUGAUCUCUUAAGCAGUGUUUAAAUUCAAGAUGGCUUCAUGGUUAUCCUGUCUUCUCCCCUCCAGAGAUUCCUGUAUGCGCGGGCUGUAAUCAACACAUCGUGGACCGCUUCAUCCUCAAAGUGCUGGACCGCCAUUGGCACAGCAAGUGCCUGAAAUGCAGCGACUGCCAAUCCCAACUAGCGGACAAGUGCUUCAGCCGGGGAGAUCGCGUCUACUGCAAAGAAGACUUCUUUAAGUGAGUGCAAGAAAUACGCCAUGAAAUACAUAAUUUAUUAUUUAAUGAAAGACAAAUUAUAGAAAAUAUUUUAGGUGUGUAGCCUAAUAUUUCAUGGAAAACAAGCCUAAUUAUUCGAUAGAAUCACACGGUCUGCAUUUUAUUUUGAGGUUGUGAAUAUGAUGAAACACUUGUCAAUUUAUUGAUGAUAACCUUCUUAUUUCCUAAAAGGAGAUUUGGGACCAAAUGCGCCGCGUGUCAGCAAGGUAUUCCGCCGACGCAGGUGGUGAGGAGGGCGCAGGAUUUCGUGUACCACCUGCACUGCUUCGCGUGCAUCGUGUGCAAAAGGCAGCUCGCCACAGGUGACGAGUACUACUUGAUGGAGGACAGCAGGCUCGUGUGCAAGGCUGACUACGAGACCGCCAAACAGAGAGGUGAGAGGUCACGGUAUACCUGAACAUAACUGUAUCACACCUAAUUAGUGUCCCCAAGAUCUGAGUGCCUAGACUCUAACGAGUAAUUACGCAUGAAUCCACUGUUUUUGAUAUUUCAGCCAUAUCAAAGAAUGUGGAUAUCCUACAAUCCCCACAUCUUAAUUUCUGUCUUCUAAAUAACAACGUGAAAAAGGAUUAUACCUAUUAUAGGCUAUCAAGCACCGCAUCACCCAAUAAGUUAUGUAAUGUUUUACUUAUUUGAUCCAUUUACCUUUUAUUGAGCAACUGCUUGGAGCUGUGAACUUGAUCUCCAAGACUAUGAGGUCACCCAUAAACACUUGACCCACCUGCGCUAAUUGCGUCGUAUCCCGUAUCCCAAUCGAUAGCAAUAUGGAUACAGCCUAUCCAAUUGCAGUGAAGAGAGAAAACGUAGUUCAUUCUGUUUUAUUUUAUUAGCAGACCGACAGUGACUAAAAAUAUUAAAUUCAGCCUUAUCUGCACAACAGAUUAUUCAGAAGGUUUGUUUCAAAGGUGUUAAAAGCGCUGGUGACCAUGUUUUGCUAAAAUAGCUCAUAGGCUAUAAUAAGGCCUCAUAUUUCAAGUAAAAUAAUUGAAUUAGGCUGAUAUAAUGAUGUCAAAUGCUAUGACCAAAAUGGCCAUGUUUUCUAUCACAAACGUCUUUUUGGGAAAACGAAAUCAAGUUUACGAGAUUUUUUUUUCUCACUAAAUUUGAAAUUAAUAAUUGUUUAAUAAAAAAGGCUUAUUUAUUGCAUGCUAAAUUGAUUACAACUGACCUCAGAGAAUCUGUUUUAACACAACGAAAUCCAGCAAGUGUAGGCCUACAUUUUCUUUGUGAAUAGUUUAUGCGUUACUCAAGUUUUAUCUUCCCCAUCUGUUUGUGUGAAUUUACUGCCUAAACCAACUGCUGAUUUACGCAUUGAGUUAAGAUGACUUUUCAUGGAAAAACACACACGUUUAUUUUGGUAAUGAGAGGGCGCCAUUACUUGUGCAUUUGCCCACUUGGAGGAUGGUCUUGCAUAUGUUUUUGUUCGUAGGCUUUUUGUUUAUGAGUUAGCAUUUAUUUGGGUUUAAUUAGGCCUACGAACGUAAUAAGUCAGAAAAUGUCUAUGGUGCCAAAUUAUGAAGUUUACUUGUCUGUCCAUUGUUUUCUACAAUUUUAUUUUUUCAGUUCUGGUAUGUCGCUUACACUUUUCAAUGGCUGAACAUGCAUAUCUAUAAAUAGCCUAUUUGUCAACAGCUUGGAAUCGAAUAUGAGGUCUUUUAGCAUAAAGUAGCCCUAUUGGGGUGCAUUUUUGUGUAAGGUCUGGUAAACAUUGUGUGUCUUGUAUUUUCUAUUCAGAGGCAGACUCAACAGCAAAAAGGCCACGAACGACUAUCACCGCCAAACAGCUCGAGACCCUGAAAAACGCUUACAACAACUCUCCCAAACCUGCCCGCCACGUACGAGAACAGCUAUCGUCAGAAACCGGGCUCGAUAUGCGGGUUGUUCAGGUAACUAUCCAUUCCCCUCCAUUAUAGACCAUUUCAUUAGCGUCCUUAUUUUAUUAUUAUCUAAGGACAUGCAUGGAAUUCCAUUGAAAUAGUGCUUGAAAUGGCCUCCCAGCGGGUUUGAAUGGUUAGAAUUUACGGUGAGAUGGAUUAAAAUGAUGUCCACACACUUGAAAGUCAGAACUGUAAGAACGAGCUCGUUAACAAUGCUAAGAGGGAGCCUCGCAUAUUGUCUGUCUGUGAAAGAUCCCUACUGUGGUUGACUAUGGUCAUAUAUAUUGUUUUAUUUGCAAGGACACUUAAAGUAGGUACGGAAGCCACUAUCGCGCUUCAUUAUUCACGGAAGGGGAAAUGGGGGUUAAGAGGGUUCACUUCGGCUCCAUAUCAUUAAUGAAAUAGGCCUUAGCCAAUAUGUAGGGGAGAAAGGAUAAAUUCAAUUAGGCUUUGCAUGAUGUGGAUUGUAAACAACAAAAUAUGUUCUUACAUUGAAUGGUUCGUCAAUCAAGUGUCUCUUAAAAAUGAAAUACAAAUGUUUUCAACAUUAUCACACACAUUUACAGCUACAAUUUAGAACGUGGCCAUAGUGAAAUGUUAAUAAUUAAAAGAAACUUCGGUUAGUAGAUCCUAGUGUGAGGGUAACAUGCAACCUGUCUGCUCCCAGUGUUAAGGACAACUUGUAGUUGUCGCGAAGUUAAUUAAGCGCGUGAUAAAUCUCAGGGCAUGUCGGUCCCAACAUUAGUGUUCUGCCCCACUGUUUUAAUCUCCCUCUUGAGUUAAAAAGAGGUGACCUGGUCCCCAGACAGUCCUUGAAAAUUAAUUUUGUUUUAAUGUUCAUGUGCUGUACCUGACCGCUUAAAAGCAUUGCAGUUGCACUGAAGAAAGAGUCAAGAAAAAUGAUGUCUGGAAUUGUCCAGUAAGUGGAAAGGAGUUUGGCAUCAGGACAGAUAUGUCCUAUAGUCUAUUAACGAAAAAUGCAGUUCAAAAGAAACAAAAUUGAUCAUGUUAUAAAACGGAAUACUUGUGCAUUGCCUACUCUUCUGCAAAUGUAACACUAAAUUAUAUAUUUCUAAUUUUAAGAAAUCAAUUUAACUUCACUCACAAGUGUAUUGUAGGAGAAGGCUUAUUGGAGGAGCUGCCUUCAACGGGAAAUUCCCAACUUCCCAAUUAUAUACCUCAAAUAAAUAAAACAAAACCAAUAUGUACCAAACACCUUGUUUGCCCUCCAGGUCUGGUUUCAGAACAGGCGAGCAAAAGAGAAGAGGCUGAAGAAGGAUGCAGGCAGACAGAGGUGGGGUCAGUACUUCCGCAACAUGAAGAGAUCGCGAGGCAGUUCCAAAUCAGACAAGGACAGCAUCCAGGAGGAGGGCAUGGACAGCGACGCUGAGGUCUCCUUUACAGGUAUGAUGGGAAAACAAACAGACAGACAUCUGAGAUGAUGUAUUCACAGGAAUCUAACGAAAGGGAUACAGAUGGCAGCCUUUACGCUCCUAUUUGAGGAAUUAUGAGAAAUAUUAUUAUCACAAUUAUAAUACAAAUGUCUUCUUGAAAUUAUUUGUUAUCCCCUAAAGUGCAUGGCGGAAAUGGACAUAGCAAAUUUAUAAACCACACAUUUUGGUUUAUUCCCAUUCAAAUUUGAAUGUAACCUCUAUUUACCCAAAUAAUUUUAAUUAUUACAUCUAAAUUGUAUAUGAAUGACCAGAAUCAAACUAAUAUCAGCAGGAAAUUGAACUAGCACUUAAAUAAAGCCACACCCUGACUAAGUAUCCUCCCUUGUGUUCCAGACGAGCCACCCAUGUCAGAGCUCAGCCACUCCAACGGCAUCUACAGCGGCCUGAGCGAGUCGUCCCUGGCCAUGGGGGGCCGCCAGGAUGGCAGCCACGGCCCCUUCCCCCUGGAGCAUGGAGUCCUCCCGUCCCAAGACCAGUACCACAACAUCCGCUCCAGCAGCCCCUACAGCCUACCCCAGUCCCCAGGCUCGCUUCAGGCCCUGCCCAGGCACCAGCCCCCCAUCUCCAGCCUGGUCUACCCUGACUCCGGCCUGUCCAUCAUGACCCAAGGCGGGCCCCCCGGGCUGAACACAGGCAUGAGAGGAGUGUUGGUGGGCGCUAACGGCCCCAGCUCGGAUCUGUCCACUGGCAGCAGUGGGGGCUACCCAGACUUCCCAGCAAGCCCAGCUUCCUGGUUGGACGAAGUGGACCACGGGCAGUUUUGAUGAGCUGGGUUGAUUGGUCAAUGUGGUCUAAGGACUUCUCCUGGCGGGUGUCACGAACUGGAAAGAGACAGUCACACAUGACCUGUGAAACAGAGAGACCGGGUCGGACGGUUGAUGUCUUUCACCCUCCUUGGAUCACUCAAUCGCUCUCUAUCAAUUAACUGUCAAUCUUUUUCAUUUCUCCUCAUCUGAGUGGACUGGAAGGAAGGAUUGGGCCAUCAAAAAGUAUGAAUGGUUGCACCUUGAACUCACACACUCCACUCCUCAAAGAGAACCAGACUGAGAAAUAUGGCGUGCAUACCUGUUAUGAAUGAUCAUUUAGCGCUACUGACGGGGUGUUGAUAUGUCGCUUCGAUAGCGUCAAGAGUAGGGUCUGAAAGGAAAGCACCUCACUUCUACAAUCAGAACUUUUAACGGUCAGACAGACAGACUACUCCAUCUCUGUCUUAAGUUUUCACAGCACUGCUCAAACUGUCCUCCACCAUUGAACUAUGUGUACAGCGGCUUUGGACGGUCAUGCUUUUGAUCCCUAUGGUGUCAUCAAUAUUACACCAGAGGAAGCUCACAGAUACACACUAUUUCCAGCUGUGAUAUCGUUGUGACAACAUAACAAAGUCAGACUCCUGCCCAAUUGGAUUGCGAUAGACUCUAUCGCCAAUCCUUUCCACCUUAUUCUUCCCUUUGUUUUUCUUAUGUGUACCGAUGCAGGUUUUGGUUCAAGUCAGAGUCUUUACGUGUCUGGUUGUUGCCAAAUGUCUAUAUAUAUUACGGUUUAUCAUUGUGGAGAAUUUAUUUUUAUACAACCCUUCAACAAUAUGAAUACCACAGAUAUUAUUACUUUGUACAUUGACAGCCAGGGAUCUAGACAUUUUGUAGAUGUCGCCUCCCACCGAUAACUAGAGGUGCAGUUACUUCUAUGCAUUUGUGUGUUUUCAGAUGUAUCUUGUUCUUUUCGUUCUAAGCUACCUGGGCAUGCUGAAACCCAGGCGGGGGAACGUGUUUGUUUAGGUGGAAGAUGUUUUAUGUCUUAUUUAUUCUCUCUGAUGUUGAUGUUGAUGAUGAUGA